AUGGCCUUGAGCCACCUGGGCUCGGGCCUGGCGAGGCCCUUCACCAGCUUCCGCAUCUUCGCCGGUAGGACCCCCUCAUGUACGACAUCUCCCUCCCCUCCGCCCUCGUCGGAGAGAUCUGGAAGUCGCGAGGCCUCGCCGCCGCCGCCAGUGCAGAGUGGAAUGGUUGGGAAGACUCACUGCAGAGUGGAGGAAGGGAAGGAGGAGAAGGACCUCGCGUGCGCGCGGUGUUUACGGGCUUUUAGUUGGGCCCUCGACGCAGUUACUGAUAUUGGGUUCAACACAGAAGUUUAUUCAGCUUCUGAGAUUGAUCGUAUCGCACGUGUUGCAUUUGAAGUUGCUCGCAAGAGAGGAGGGAAACUAUGCUCGGUUGACAAAGCAAAUGUGCUGGAGGCUUCCAUGCUUUGGAGGAAAAGGGUGACUGCACUAGCUUCUGAACUCCCUGACAUUGAGCUCUCACACAUGUAUGUUGAUAAUGCUGCUAUGCAGCUUGUUAGGAAUCCUAAGCAGUUUGACACAAUUCUCACAGACAAUAUAUUUGGUGACAUAUUAUCUGAUGAAGCAUCAAUGAUUACGGGAAGCAUUGGAAUGCUUCCAUCUGCCAGUGUUGGUGAAUCGGACAAGGCCAAUCCAUUAGCUACAAUUCUUAGUGCAGCGAUGCUAUUGCGAUAUGGCCUAGGAGAAGAAAAUGCUGCGAAGAGAAUUGAAGCUGCAGUUACAGAAACACUGAACCAUGGGUUCCGAACUGGGGACAUCUAUUCUCCUGGAACAGAUGAGAUGGUUGAAGGAAUUUACAUUUUAUUAGAAGUUGAGCCUGGUGGAAGGGAGCAUUGCGUCUGGUUUAUUGUUACUGUUGAAUUGGAACUUUAG